AUGAACUCGAAUCUUUCGUCGCCUCUUUCUCUCGCGAGUAUAUCCUCCUCCGACGUCUUCCGCCCAACGAGGCGCCUUCAGGAUCUGUUCGGUUUCCAACAAUACCACCACGAUGACAACAGUGAAGAUCAAGUCUUGACCGAAAUCGAAGCAGAUUGGCAUGCUAUUGUAGACGCGGGAUACUCGUGGUGUGAUGUUUCGCGAGUUCUUGAAGGACGGGUGGUCUGGUUGAAUCAUGAAAAUAGGGAUGGUGACGUAUUCUUGGCAUCCCGUACCACCGAAGUGUCCUGGAUAGGAUUUUUGACGAGAAAUACUAUUGAGUCCUCCACAACUUGCCAGUUUUCCAUUGAUGUCGCUUACAGUAACGGAGGAAAAUGUACAUUAAAUGACGCUCCAACCGCACGAAACGUUGGGAUUUACUCCGAUUCUGUCACGCGGGCGGCACAAGUACUCCAAGAUAUUCUCAGCCAGCUGGUAGGAUCUCAGAACUGUCCUUCGACACCGUCAUUCGAGGAAGUCACACUAGCCUGUUGUCAUGGGAAUACAGGAGACAGGACUCUGCCCCUAACUGCCUCUCUGUUGAAGAAAUGGCUAUGGGAUGGCAGUGAAAGUAUAUCAUCACCUCUCCGACGCUUAGUUUUUUGCAAUGUUGUACUUUCCGCCGAGCAAUGUCGAGCCAUCACGCAGGCAACAUCGUUUAGCACUAGGAACAUGGAACUAAGGCUGGAGCGAUGCACAUUUGAAGACGACGGAGAAACCUUGGUGCAAAUACUACGCCAAAGCGAUUCUGCUAUUCGUCGAUGGAGCUUUUGGAAUGGACUCGGAAUGAGUACGAACGCUAGCUUGAAUUUUUUUGCCGCGUUGGGCGAGUCGGACCAGCUCGACAGCCUUGAUCUUUUUUGCAUCCCCUUAGAGCCAACACAGUGGGAGAAGAUGGUCGCGUGCAUUGCCCAAAGUCAGAGUAUCCAAAACCUGCGAUUGUUUUGCCGACGAGGGAUAUCGAACGGUCAAUGGAAUAUGCUUUGUGAAGCUCUGCGAGAUCACCAUGCGAUCCGGAAACUGUCGGUUAGGUAUGCGUUUCCCUUUUCUGUACCUCAUUUGUCAGAAGAGGCCAGAAAUCGACGAACACAGAUCCUGCUGCAAGCUUUGCAAGAUAACCACACCUUGGUAAACGUACAACUUUCGAGUCAAGAACACGACUUGGAGUUGUACCAUCCAGCGCUACGUGCUACUCUCCUCCUUAAUCGGUACCGACCUUUGUGGUCGACGUUGUGGCAUCCUCCAGAGACGGCAUCAUUCGAUCCCGCACAUUGUCAGGCGGCACGCCUGGUACACGUCUUGACCAGACCUUGCCUUCAAAAUAAUCCGGUCGAAAUCCAUUUAAUACUUCGCUCCACUUGA